GAAUGCCAGAUGACUCAAUGUGGAAGGAACCCAUGAGGAAGUCUCCAUUUGCAACCAUCUUUGCAUUGAUCCAUUUCAGCAAGCUCUUUGGUGGGUCACUGCAGGAAGGGUGGCCGGGAGCAAGAAACCAAAGGAAAACUACUGUGAAGGAACCUGCCUCCAACCAUCGUGACCAAGUGACGCAAUUCUCUAUCAGCGGAGACAGUGUGCCACACACCUUCUAAUCUAAUACACAGAGACAAGCCACUAAGCUGGGUUCCUACCAGAAAACAUUUGAAGUUAACGCUUACAAAACAACUGGACAAAACCUAAUUUUCACAACAGCCUGAUGUCUUUAAAAAUAUGUCAUAAAGAUACACACACACACACACACACACACACACACACACACACACACACACCUAGAUUAAAGAAGGCAAAAGAAAUAAUGCGACUGAAUGGAGCAGCCUGCAUCAGUAAAAGAAAAGAGUAAAAAGAUCUUACUCUGUAGCCCUACCAACUGUCUUGGACUCACUAAGUAGACCAGACUGGCCUGUAACUCACAGAGAUCCACAUGCCUCUACCACUGGAGAGGUGAAAUUAAAGGAGUGCCAUCACAUCCAGCCAAAAAUAAAUCUUAAAGAAGAAAAAAAAAAAGUCAAGUCAUUAUGGGCUAUUGAUGUCAGCCAGUCCUAGGGAGCCGAGAUGUCCGAGAGCAAAAGGGAGGAAGAUCGCAGGAGGAACGCGUCAGUAAGUAAAGAAAGCAAAGAAACUUCCCAUAAGCGACAAAAUAAAGACGGAUCCUGGGACUCAUCACAAGUAAUGAAGAAGCCAAAGCAGAACCAACUUUCUGUGGUAACUGACUCCGAAGUGGCUUUGGUCAGUGCCUACCUUGAACAAAGACGAGGUAGGCGCCAUUCCCAGUUCCACCGCGUGAAUCAGAUCCAGCAAGACAGUGAUACCACCGAGUGUGACAGUGAGGAAUCCAAUUCUGGAGUGUCCUCAUGGAAGGAGAGCGAAAGUGAACACCAUCCAUUGCCCGCCACCAUCAAGAGGAGAAAGUCAGUGUCGAGGCCAAGGGAUCUGGAAAAUUAUCAAAUCAGAGAAAGGCCUUGCCUCCACUGCAAAGCCAUGAGAACCAAUGAAUGGCUGACCCGUCACUUCCCACCAAGUGCUUCAGUAAUGUCUCCCAUGAAGGGAGAGAUUCAAGAGGAGGAUUUGACACCUGGCAUCAACACAAAAUUAAGUAAAUUUUGAAUCUUGGCAUCCUUGCCUUACUUGAAGUCAAAAGAAGGAGAUGAAUAAAACAUGAAAACCAGAGUUGUAGGUGAGGAGACGUUUACAAUAAAGCCUCUUUGCUUACAACGAAAGUAUAAUUGGAACCCAAGAGGUCAGAUUUCAGGCAAAUUCAUUGUUCAAAACAAGGGCAGAGAAUUUGUCCAUGCCACCACAGGAACACGGAAGACUUGUAUCUUCCAUGAUCUUUUUUUUAAGUCAAAAGAGCCUCGGGCAGAUAGUCCAUACCCCGGGUGUAUGUGUUUUGUUUAUGUCAAUGAUACAAAUACAAAAGCUUUUUGAAAAUAUAUUUAUGUUGAGAAACCA